UGACGUGGAGAGGGACGGAAGUGAUGCAGUUGCGUCCCUCGAUCACCUAAUCCGUUUCGGUGAUGCAAAAAAAAUGUCUCUGAAUUCAGCAGGACCGACACGGUGAUGGUGAAGUGAAACUCCCCGUGUGUUGCUGACUGUUGACUUUUAUUGUGCGGCUCGAAGACAAACAUGGAUCCGUCCCGGAGGAGCGAGAGCGACUGGCAGGGACUGAUCAGUGAGUUCCUAGUUUGUAAGCAGAAGUUGGAGAGCAAGAAAGAAGCUCUUCUGAUUCUGUCUAAAGAGCUGGACACCUGCCAGCAGGAGAGAGAUCAGUACAAGCUGAUGGCCAACCAGCUCCGCGAACGACACCAAGGACUCAAAAAGAAGUACAGAGAACUCAUUGAUGGAGAUCCCUCACUGCCCCCUGAGAAAAGGAAUCAAGUGAAUUUAGCCCAGCUACUGGGAGACUCCAGAGAAAAAAACAGUCAACUCUCUGAGGAGAUGAAGGAACUGAAACAACGACUGGUAGAAGCUCAGGGGGAUAACAAGCUCCUACGAAUGACUAUCACCAAACAGAGGCUGGGAGACGAGGAGGUCGGCGCUCGACACUUUCCUGCACAUGAGAGAGAAGAUCUGGUCAAACAGUUGGAAAGAGCGAGAGAACAGAACGAGGUGCUGGAACACAGUGUGAAGUCACUCACAGACGAGCUUCAGGACGUUCGAGCAGAGCGUGACGUGUUUCAACAGAAGGCUCAUCGACUCAACUUGGAAAUGAACCACAUCGUUGGGAACGAUGACAUUCGCAUAUUAGACAUAGAUGCACUCUGCAUGGAGAACAGGUAUUUGCAUGAACGGCUCAAUCAACUACAAGAAGAAGUCAACUUGCUUAAAACAAAUCUGAUGAAGUACAAGAGUGCCCUGGAGUGCAGGAAGAACUCUAAAAUCUGUGGGAAACCCAACAGUAGCGCUCUGACCGGAGUGCUCUCUGCUAAACAAGUGAAGGAGCUGUUACUGUCUGAAGAAAAUGGUUGCAGUUUGCCGGUGACUCCUCAGUCCAUCUCCGACCUCAAGUCUCUCGCCACGGCUCUGCUGGAAACGAUCCACGAGAAGAACAUGGUGGUUCAGCACCAACGCCAAAUCAACAAGAUUCUUGGAAAUCGAGUAGCAGAGCUGGAGAAGAAACUAAAAACACUGGAGAUGUCGGGAUUAUGGAGCCUUCCAGGCCUCACUUAUAAUGUGUCUCUGGGAAUUUGUGGAAGAGGAAGAGAUGCCAUCAUCCUGGACACUCAGCAGGUUGAGUCACCAGAAUCUCCUGGACAGGAAGGUGACAAGGGGUCUGAAACUAUACCUGUCCAGCAGCAGAGCUCCACAGAAGUUCCACGCCAAGACAUUGAAACACCAAUGGUGUCGGAUCUUCAAGAUGACGCAUCAUCACCAUCCAGUGCAGAGACAGACCACCUGAAGUCUUCCACCCAGCCAGCAGAGGAGGCGCCAGCCAGCCCUCAAACAGAAAAGCCAAAUAUCGAUGAGUGUCACGAAAGUGGCCAAUCACAGACCACAGUGGAUUGUACUGCUUUAACAGAAGAAGAGUGUCCAAGUGACUCCCCUUCCAAAGAGACAUAUUUGAACAAACCUCAUCCCUCAGACCGCUGCAACUCACCACAACCUUCAGAGGAAUCAGACCCAGCAGGAGGAAGAGGGGAUGAGUCAGACGAAUGUACUGAAGUGGCAGAAAAUGUUGUAACAGAGUGUAUUAUAACAGAAGAAAAUAUAGAUACGGCUUCAUCUACUGCUGUCUCUACUACUGCUUAUGAGGAGCAGCAGGAGGAGGUCCAGUCAAACCAGGAGACAGAUGUUUGUGAGGAGACAUGAAGCUUUCUAGGAGCCUCCACAUGCUGCAUAACGUUUAAAAAAAAAGUAAGAAAAAUCCAAAAUAAUGACAAAAGAUGUAUUUAAAAUCAUAUAAUGGUAUUUAUUUUUAGGAAUAAUUCAUACUUCAAGAAACACUUGAAAAAUAAUAAUGGCACAUGAUUGAUUUUAUUAAUAUAUCUCUGUGAAAGAAAUGACUCCUUCCAAACCGUAAAGAAGUCUAGAACAGAUUAUCUAACUUUCCUGCUUUCAUGUGAUUCAUUUUCUGAAUUCUCUGUAAUUUUUUAAGUAGAUUUGCCUUUCAAGCUGAUGAAUUACACUAUGUGGACAUUAAUACCUGGACACCCAAACAAUACAGUCUUGUGAUUUUUCAGUAUCUCAUUCCGAAACCACUGGUAUUAAAAUGCUGCUUUGACAUUCCUCUCUCCUCUAGAAGGGUUUCUAUAAGAGUUUCGAAACUGGCUACAGGGAUUUUCUCUCAGUUAUUUAUAUAUGUAGUGUAUGUAGACUGGUGACAAAAGAAAGGGAAAAACCUGAACCUUUUACUCCAACAAUGAGGGGAUCAGGUGGCUCUGUUUUGCUGGCGUGGUUUGGCUCCACUUGUCCCCUUAGAGGCAAGAGUCGCUGUAAAUCAAUACAAAGUUCUGAGUGAUCCCCUUUAUCCUAUGAUGAAACAUAUCUAUCCUGGGUAAGAGUGGCCUCUUCCAGGAUGACAAUGUCCCAUCCAUAGGGAAUGAGAGUUCAUUGAAUGCUUUGAUGAGUAUGAAAGUUAUGUGAGUCGCAUGCUGUGAUUCACCAGAUCACCAAAUUUCAACCCAAUGGAACAGAGAUUUCAGACUGUUUGACAGCAUCAUCAAAGCACUAAGCGAAGGAAUAACUUUUGGAAGAAUGAUGUUCCCUCCCUCCAGCAGAGUUUCAGACACUUGGAGAAUCAAUGCCAAGGUGUACUGAAGCUCUUUUGGCAGCAUGUGGUAGCCCAUCAUCUUACUAAGACAUACCAUGUUGGUUAUUCCUUUGUCGCCUGUCUGUAUAUCAAAGGUAGAGAAACGGUGAUUCAUAGUGAUAAAAACAGUCUGUAGAGUGUGUCUGACGAUGCUGAAAUGCUGCACUGUUGUUGGGAUUUCGAUGUUUUGCUUUUGAACUUUAAAUUUCAGUGUUCUUUCCUGUUAGUCGUGGAAAUCAUUGUUCUGAGAGACUGAGUUUGAACUUUGUGAAUGAAAGCCUAAUUUGCAGAAAAUUUCUGCUGCUAACUUUUGACUAAGGCAUUGAAUCUGACUUGUUUUCACACAGACAUUUUAAAAAUGGAACAGGACAAAGUGCAAUGGCUGCUGUCAGUACUCUAUCAACACCAAGAGUUUGUCUCACUUCCAAAUGAAAUGUUUCUAAGAGACAUUCUCCUUCAUCUUUCUACCUCUGUACACACCAUCCCUGUGAAACUUAGCAUAUGGUGAUGAUCUCUGCAUCAAUCAAUACUCCUCUGACUGCUGUGAACACUGUUUAAACUUAGAAGCUGUUUUAUUUUUGUUUCUUCAAACAGAAUACAAACACGUCCUGUUUUAUUUCUUAUUGCUAGAUUCAUACUGCAAGGCUCUGAUUCCUCCUAGCAUUCUGUCUAGAAGCUACAGUCACUUUGUUUUAAGGCAGACAUUCUUAUACAAGUUAUUUUUAAUCAUGAAUACAAUAUUAUCAAAGUAAUAUAAAAUGCUGCAUGACAAUAUGCUAUACACUGAUUAAAGAGAUUUGCAUUUUC